CUUUUUCUAUUAACCGGAAGCACAUGAUUUUGUUGUUAGUUGGGUGCUCUGCUGCACAAAGACAAGGGAAAAGAGAUGAUACGCAAUCAAAAGCAUAUUUUUAAGCUGAUGCAUUUACUUAUGUAAAUCGAUUUUUAACAUUCAGCAGAUAGAAAGAUUUUCAAAGAUGGUUGGGAGAAGGAGUUCCUCUGGAAGUAAGAAGCCCCCUGUUGUAGCUGAGCCUGCAGUGCCCCACAGAUCUAGGAGACCCAAGAGAAACAUCUCACCCAAAAGUUAUGAUAUCACAGCUGGCUUAUCAUGGAAAGAGGAAAGGGAGUUAAAGAAGGCUUUGUAUGCAUCACUGCAAGAAUCGAAAAAAACUUCAACGUCUAAACCAGAUGAAGCAGAAGAGUGGAAGACGCCAAGUGAUGCAGGAUUUCGACCAAUCAAAAGCAAGCCAUCAUUAACCAGGAUGACUCGGAGCUAUAGCUCACCUAACGUUCAGUCCACACAAGUCACUAGUGGUCAGUCUGUAAACAGUGUAGACGAGACCAGUCAGGACUCAACAGUAUCAUUACCAAUCAACACAUCUACUCUCCAGUCAAAGAAGACCAAAGUUCGUGCCCAGAGGAAGUUUGCCAUGAACCAGCCCAACACUAUUACUCCUACCCCUUCAGAAUCCAGCUCUACUCCCACUCCUAAAGCUACAACAUCAUCAACUAUUGUGUUCCCAAAGAGGGCAAAGACAGAGGACUUCCUGACUUUCCUAUGUCUCAGAGGAACCUCUCUCUUGCCACCACAUUUGGACUUCUUCAACUACAGUCGCUAUGAUAACAGCGGUUUGAGUGGGCGUAACGGUAUAGACAGUUCCUCUACCUCCUCCUCUACCAGUAUCAGUAACGGAACAGAGGACCCCAUAUUUACACCGGUUAACAAAUUCACUACGCCAUGUAAGAAAGCCGCCCGGGCCAGUGCGGGUACACCAGAGACCUGCCGGGGACUGGCUGGGGUCAAAAGACUAGACAAGACCCCCAAAACCAAGUCACCUCUAGCUCGCCGUGGGCGACCUCCAAGGACAUUGAACAUCACUCCUGUUAAAACCCCACCUCCUAAAGAGAGCUCACCAUCAAAGGUCAUCAACAACAACAGACUAGGAAAGAGAGGGUUGGGAAAGGAUAGACUAGCUUCCAAGAGAAAGGCUGUGGCUACACUGACUCAUAAGGCUCCACCUGUCAAGCUCAAGAAAGCUGAACCUACUGAAGAACAAAAUAAAUCUAACAAGGUAACAAAAGCACUUGGUGUUGCUUGUAGUGACAAUGUAGCCUGUAGUUUGCAUGGUAGAAUGGUGGACUGCACUUGUCUUGUGGAAUGCCAGAAUAUGUAUUCACCAGCAUAUAGCACUAACAUAGAUGCUUCUCUCACCAACCUAUGUACUUCAAACUUCCCUGACCUGUUUCCACUUAUCCCUCCUGAUUUCUAUGAUCUGUCUGAGAACGAUCUUCCUCCUGAAUUGUACUCUGACUCACAAGGGGAGUGUGUAAAUAAAGAGAAUGCAGAGGUCAUCCAAAUGUCAGAUGGUGACAUGCUUCAGACUGUUCAGCCAGAUGCUACAGAAGACAUCAAAAUGUUGACUGAUGAUAUGUUGGAUUCAGAUGCUGAUCAGCAGAAUUCCAAAGAAGAGAAAGCCACAGUGAUUCAGAUUCGGUUGUCUGAUGAUGAUGUUCUGUUUGCUACCUCUGCCAUCAGGGUUUGUAAAGUAGAGGCAGAGGAACAGCAAACUAAUUCUGGUACCAGUACACAACCAUCCUGUCAAACAGAAGAAGGAGUAGGGGAGAUGCCUACUUUGAAGGAAGAACCAGAUCUUUCUGAUGAGGAAUAUCGGUCUUUUCUCUCUUCUAAUGGAUGGACCCACUUCCAGGAAAUGCCAGAGCUUGUUCUGAAAGAGGAACCAGAUUUCCUGGAUUUAGAGCCUGGGGGUUUAAGUGUGUUUCCAGAGCCAUUUCUGCAACCAGAGAACACACAUGACUUAGAAUCCAAUAAUCUUGAAUCAGCUUGUUCCAACGUGGUCCAACAAGAGUUACAGACUUGUACAUCCUCACAAGAUAUAGCGUUAUCAAACCAAGAACACCUUUAUCCUGAAGCUGAUGCUGCAAGUGAGGAAGAGCCCCCAAACACUUUUUUGGAUUCAUCUUUACAGACUGCUGCCCAUUCCUUUUGUGAGGAAGUGCAAAGAGUCCCUGACCAUGAAGUCAUACACAGUGUUAAGAGUUGUGAUGUCUCUGAAAGUACAACUUUAAGAAAUGUUACAGAUGUUACAGAGGAUUCCAGAAUGAAGGAUACAGGUUUGUCUCAUGAUGUUCAGGAAGGGAAUACGGGAAAUAUCACAGAUAACAGGAGGAUCACUUCACCAUCAUUUGCAGAUGACCUGUUUUAUGAAAGACAAGGAAAGCCAAACAAUUCUACAGAAUUGAUGUCUAACAAUGAAGCCUGCAUUGUGGAUGCUAACAAAACUCAAGAUCUGGAAUGUAGGCAUACUGCAGCAAGUUUUGAAUAUAAGUUCAGAAACUCAGAGAAAAAUACAGCAUAUGGACAGGAUAAAGAUGUUCCUCUGGAUCUAAGUUUACCAAAAGAACAAAAGCAUGAAUCAGAAAAGAAUAUUGAAAUUGGUAGCAGCAAUCUCUCUCUGAUUUAUCCAAACUCAGAAAAACUCAUACAUGUACCCUCAUCACUCAGUCAGGGUGUUACUACUAUAAAGAUAGAAAAAGACAAAAUAAUCAUUCAUCACAGGUCUAAGGGAAAGCAAACUGAGAUGUCAUCAAAUAAAGAGAAUGUUAAACACCUAGGAAUUGGCCUCAAGGUGCAGAACAGGUGUGAUAAUGGAAGACAAGUCAAUGUUGUCCUGCCCUAUUCUUUAGUAAAGGGUGAUGGUUCUCCAAAGAUUGUUCCCUCUGUAAACAACAGCUUGAAUGUUGCCCCUGAAGGAGCGAAAUCACCAGAAUCUUUGGCCUGCAGUGGAGACCAAAUUGUACCACUAAACCUGCUUAAAGAAUCCAAUGAAGAAUCAUUUGUAGCAGAGGAAACAGGUUCCAAUCGACCAAAACUCCAUGCAAUCAAUUGCUUGUCCUUGAAACGAUCACUUAUGAAGAAGACAGAUGCAAUUAAGCUAGGUAGUAAUGUCUUUCAGAGGCCUCCACAUGUUCCAGGGAUUGUCUGGAAAUCCAGUAAAAAACCUGUCAUUGACUUCACAAAAACCAUCGACCAACGAUUUAGUGAUUUCCCACAAUACAUCAGUCAGUCUCUGUUUGAUUUUCCCUCUGCAGAGACCUUGUCCAAUGAAAUCCAGAGCAACCUUGCACCACACAUUACCCAUUCUGUUAGACAUGUAUCCUAUGAUCUAGAAAAGAAACAUUGCUCUGGCUCUAAGAGUCACCAUGCACCGCUUGCCACUUAUUCUCCUUGGCAGUUGUCACAUGAUUCAGUGAUGACACCCAAAUCUGACUUAAAGAGACACCUUUUACCACUGACACAACAGUCUGCAAGGCAGAUAUCCCAGAAUUCAAGAGACAAGCUUCCCAAUAUCACACAGACACAGUUGAUGCCUGAUCUACUAAGGAACCUUGGUGAUUGUCAAGAAAUGAGCGGGAAGGAAGCAGAAGAUUCUGAUACUGCUGGUGAGGCAGUACCUACCAAUGGUUCCCAAAAGAAAACAAUGGAUAUCUCUGACCUCUCCCCACCACUGCUGCCCGUCAUUCCUUGGGAAUCUUUUUUGUCAGAGUCAGAAACAGAUAAUGUGAGGUUUAAAGGCAGAAAAGACUUUCUGAAGGAAUUUCGGAUGCACCCCUCAGAAAUUGAUGAGAAUCAUAACAGCAUAGUUACUCAGUCUCAAGUCUCUCCUUGGUUUGAACAGUGUGAACAGCAUGAACUCUUAGACGGCAGUAACAAUAAUUACUGGUAUGUUGAUAAAGGAAAACAUGGAGAAACCAAGAACACAGAGCAAUUUAAAUCAAACACUCCAUCACAAUUCUUGGAUUCCAUGAAAAGCCAUCAGAUUCUCGAUUCUCAUAUUCUUCAGAAAAACAAGAGAGAGUCUUCUUUUACUUAUAAAAGUAAAUCUGUUGAUGAAAAUAGGAACAUUCUAAUCAUGGACAGGAACAUGCAAGAGGGAAAUAAUUGUUCUGUUCCCAAUUUUAACCGUCAGCAAAGGAAGAGGUUGUUUCCCUUACCCCCGGCUAUCAUGUCCUCAAUGAUGCCACCUAAGUGUGCCUUGCAGGUGACUCGACAAAUAACCAAGAGACGACCAAUGAAACCAAAGAUCAACAAAGUUAUGACACUGCCCAAUGACUAUAUUGCCAUGCGGUUACCACGGAGACAAGCUAAACAGAAUGCACUCCGAUUUUACAUGGAGGAUCUUGAGGACGUUGAAGAUCGUUCAACUUCUGAUGACGAAGUCACAUUCCCUCAUAAGAGAAAAUUUAAAGAAUUCAUGUCUGAGGCACAUGAUUUCCCUUUUAAAAAUUCCAGAUUUAGAAAAAUGAAUAAAAAUUCACUUAAAUCUACAACACAUGGUAGACAGCUGUUAAGAAAUAGGUUAAAAUUUAGUAAAAAUUUUAGACAUGGUGAAAGAAGAAGUACUAGAUCCUCUAGCAAAUCGAGUGACUCCACCUCUACUGAAAGUAGUGAUGUUUCUAAGAGAAAUAUUAGUCAAGAUUUCAGUGGCUCAAAUAUUAAAAGUAGUAAAGAUAAAAGUACUAAUGAUAAAAAUCAACCAAAUGUCCCUGAGCGCCGUUCUGUUCGACAACAACGUGUUACCAGAUUGUCUGAACCCAGUUCUCAUCCCAGCAGUAACUCAGAAUCUUCACCUGAACAACCAAAGACAAGAAAAAACAGUGUUGGAUGUAAGAACCUGAGAUUACGAGAUUCAGAGAGUCCUGUAAAGUCCCUGCGGUCUGACACCCCCCAGUCCCCCGGGGAGAUCUCUACAAGCCUUACUGAGAUACCCACCUUCUACCCCACCGAGGAGGAGUUCCAGCGCCCCCUACAAUACGUCCAGAGCAUUGCUCCAAGAGCAGAGCCUUAUGGGAUGUGUAAAAUCAUACCCCCUGCCAGCUGGAAGGAAGGUAAAAUCAGUGAAGAUAUAAGAUUUACCUCUCAGAAACAGUACACACACAAACUGUUUAAUAGAUUUGGUCCAAAUGUGGAGAAGCUAGAGUGUAUCAGAAAACAUCUUGAAGCUUUAAAUCCAGCAGAUCAAAUCCAGAUUCCAGAGAUAGGAGGUGUAGAGCUGGAUAUAUGUGACUUGGACAGGACAAUUCAGGACUUUGGUGGAAUGAGGCAUGAAGUGGAGAAAAAGAAGUGGGCCAGAGUGGCUGAUGCUAUGAAUGUUCCUAAAAUGGCACAGGAUCGAGGCACUAAACUAUAUGAUGCAUACUGUAAAUUUCUGCUGUCUUAUAAUGACUUGACUUCUGAGGAGAAAUCUAAACUUGAAGGUCAGGUCAAGGCUGAGAGAAUGAAGGUCAAACGAGAGGACCAGGAAGAAGACUGUAUUGUCAAGGGAAAGAAUAUGUCCUUGGGUCGAUUCAUUCAGAUGGCUAGGAACACUGCCUCACAACAUAUGAAGGACCAGACCCUAAAAACAGAGGAACUGGAGAAACAGUUCUGGGAGAUAGUGAGUAGCAGAACCAGACAUAUAGCAGUCCAUGGAGGCCAUGUAGACACAAAGACACAGAACUGUAGCUUAUUUCCUACCAAAAAAGAAAACCAAUACUCCAAACAUCCCUGGAACCUGAAUCUGCUCCCUCAACAUUCCCAGUCCCUGCUGAGAUACCUAGGGCCUGUACCAGGAGUGACGGUGCCCACUCUACAUGUCGGUAUGCUGUACACUGCCUCCUGUUGGUCCACUGACAUCCAUCAUCUGCCCUACGUCCAGUAUUUACACGGAGAGGGGGACAUUGUGUGGUAUGCUGUACCAGCCCAGGAGGAGGCCAAGUUUAAAUCUGUGAUGAAGGAGGUUAUUCCUACUCUAGUCAGUAACUCACCCCGCUGGCUCAAAGAGGACACCGCUAUGGUGCCCCCUGAGAUUCUCCUCCAGAAGGGGGUCCACUUGAGUCGCUGCGUCCAGUCUCCCCACCAGUUUGUUGUCGUCUUCCCUAAGUGUUACACAGCCACCAUCAGCUGUGGAUACACUCUUGCUGAGUCAGGUCACUUCGCUACCAAAGAAUGGAUUCAGCUUGGAUUCCAAACAGCUGAGACCCUGCAGACUUGUCAGGAGCCUGAGCUGUUCUCUAUGGAUGAACUCAUCUGUCAAAUAAUGGAGGACACAACCACACCGCCUGAUCUACUUAGACUCAGCAUUCCAGCAUUUGAACAAAUACUGUAG